CUUCGUUGUGGGGGGAGGAGGAGGGGGGGACACGACCGGGGACAUGAACCAGGUUGGGUGCAGCCCGGCACGGCCAUGACGAGCGUCAGGGUGGUCGUCAGGGUGAGGCCUCGCAGCAAGAAGGAGGUGCAGUGCACAGAGGAGGUGAUCGUGGACGUGAAAGAGAACGUGCUGUCCAUCAGAAAUGUCAAGCCUUCCCGGUGGAGCGGCGUCGGCAACGGUGGGAGCCGAGACCUCGUCACGGAGUUCCCCUUCGACCGCUGCUUCUGGUCCGUGGAACCGGCGGCGCCGGACUUCGCCUCCCAGCAAACGAUGUUCCAGGAGCUGGGCCUGCCGGUGGUGGAGGCCGCCGUGACCGGCUACAACGCCAGCCUCUUUGCCUACGGGCAGACGGGUUCCGGGAAGACCUACACCAUGAUGGGAACACCGGAGUCGCUGGGCCUGAUUCCACGCAUUUGCGAGGGCCUCUUCACUCGCAUCGAGCGCGACACCAGAGCCACAACCACCUACAAAGUGGAAGUGAGCUUCGUGGAGAUCUACAACGAGGCCGUGCGCGACCUCCUCAAGCGGCCGACGCGGCGGAGAGCCGGGUCGAACCUGCGCGUGCGCGAGCACCCCGAGCGAGGGCCCUACGUGCAGGGUCUCUCGCGUCACCUCGUGUCCUCUUACGACCCCGUGGCCAAACUCAUCGGCGACGGCAACGCCAACAGGAUGAUCGCGAGCACCCACGUGCACGAAGCCAGCAGCCGCUCCCACGCCAUCUUCACCCUCCACUUCACCCAGGCAAGCCUGCACAACAACCUGCCUUCGGAGAUCGUCAGCAAGAUCAACCUCAUUGACCUGGCCGGAAGCGAGAGAGCGGACCCCAACUACAACAAGGAGCGCAUCACCGAGGGCAGCAACAUCAACCGCUCGCUCGUCACCCUGGGCAGCGUCAUCUCUGCCCUGGCGGAGAACGCAGCUCUGGGUGGCGGCGGCGCCGCAGCAGCAGCAGCCGACGCGUGGGGGGCGGCGCUGAGCGAGCCGGAGUCGGGCAAGCUGAGGGGGCCGUCCGCUGGUGGGGGGCGGUCCAGGCCGGGGGGCCCCGCGCGGAGGGGGGGCCGCCUGUGCCACGUGCCCUACCGGGACUCGGUGCUCACGCGGCUGCUCAAGGACAGCCUCGGCGGGAACUCGCGCACCGUCAUGAUCGCCACUGUGUCCCCGGCGUGCAGCUCGUACGGGGAGACGAUGAGCGUGCUGCGCUACGCAGCCCGCGCCAAGAACAUCGUCAACCGACCCAAGAUCAACGAGGACCCCAACGUGCGCAUCAUCCGCGAGCUCCGACAGGAGGUGGACCGGCUCAAGGCCAUGCUGCUGAGUGUGGAACCGAGGGACCUGGCGCCGUUGCUGAGCGAGGAGCGCGACAGCAGCCUGGCCGAGAUGCUGCACGAGAACGAGAUGAAGGUGGAGCGGCUGACGCGCGACUGGUCGGACGGCUGGCGCGACACGCGGGCGCUGCUCGAGGAGCACACGCUGGGGAUCAACCGCCUCCGCGCCGGCGUCGAGGUGGCGUCCCAGCUGCCGCACCUCCUCUCCACGGACGGGGACGUGCUGAGCACGGGCGUCACCAUCAACCGACUGCGGGAGGGAAGGACAACGAUCGGGAGGAGCGAUGCGCCCACCUGA